GCCAUCCUCUCCCUGGCCUCCCUCUCGCAGGCCCAUUUCCUCAUGAACUACCCCAAGUCCAUCGGCUUCAGCGACGACGACGAGGGCACGGCCCCCUGCGGCAGCUUCACCCCCGACCUGUCCUCCGGCUCCAGCCAGCUCGUCGACUUCCACGUCGGCGGCGACUCGCUGGCCAUGCGCAGCACCCACCCGCAGACCAACUGGCUGUUCCGCGUCACCCUCGACGGCUCCGCCAAGUCCGACUGGCAGCAAAUCUUCCCCAUUGUCCAGCAGAGCGGCCUCGGCAACUUCUGCGAGCCCCAGAUCACGCUGCCGUCGAGCUUUGAGGGCAAGAAGGGCGUGAUUGGCAUCGUGGCCGACGGUCCCGAUGGUCUUUUGUACCAGUGCGUUGCCGCCAACUUCGUCUCUGGAUCCAUCGACCCUCCCUCCGCCUGCAAGAACGCCUCCGUCACCGCGUCCUUUGUCAACGACUCCAAGCUCUCGGCCCUCGUGUCCGGCAGCGCCUCUGGCGGCUCCAGCAGCAACAGCACCGGCUCUUCUUCCACUUCCACCGGCCCCUCGAGCACCCAGAGCAGUGCUGCUGCUGCCACCACC